AUGAAUUUCUUGACGAUUGUAUCCCUCUUCCUGGCUUUCAUCAUGACCAUCGUCAGUGCGCAAUGGGGUAAGGAUUUUGUUUAUUUUAUAUGUAUACUUCUAUAUUUAUUACGUAUUUUACGCAAUUUUUUUGUUUUAAUAUUCAGAAUUUUUUAAAGAAAAAUAUUUUAGCCGUAUUUUACAACUCAUAUUUCAAUUUUUCACUAAAAAAUAUUAUAUUAAAAAAACUCAAAUUUUGAAAUUAAUUUUUUUUUUUUUUUUUGAAAUUUUAUAAUUUUCUAAAACUUGUCCAGCCCCACUAAAACUACAUCUUUCCACUCCUACACGCAGUAAAACCUAAAAAAAGUGUCCAAUUUUCUCUUAAUCCCCUCAAAAACCAUUUGCCAGAAGUUGCCCCCUUAGGUUAUGAAUCGAAAAAGAUCCCAUUAAAAGUUUUGUUGGGCCCAGAAACGGCCAAAUUAGUUUUGGACCGCAAAAAGUUUCUUCAAGAUGACUAACAGGGAUCUUUCCUUUCUUGAGUGCAAAAAAAGGGAUGGAUAAUAUAAAAAAUUAAAAAAAUUAAUAAAACUAUGAAUAAAAUAAAAAAAAUUAGAAUAAAUAAAAACGUCAACGGCAUGAUUUUUUUUGUGAAAACUAUUUUUGACAUUGAAAAAAAUCAAAAUUAUACAUAACAUUAAUAGUUUUUGAAAAAAUCGAAAAUCGUAUUUUAGGUCGUAUUUUAUAAAAAAAAAUUAUUUUUAUCAACUCUAAUGAUAAUCUCCUUUCAGACCUAAGCAAUCAAGGUGACGAACAGAUCAUGGUACCAUGUAAGUUUUAUUUUUUUUCACCUGAAGUCUAGUAUAAUAUAAUCUUUUUCUGAGAUCUUGCCAAUCUUUAUUUCAAAGAAUUUUUGAUGUAAUAAAUCUCCUGAUCUCUUAAUUUUUAUAUCUGAUCAUCCUAUUUACCCCUUAAACUACGACUGACCCAAAAAUAAUUAAUUCUGGCCUGAGGCAUUUUUGCAACAAAUCCCAAAUAAAGGCUACAAAACAAAACCUCCGUAUGAACUCAUAAAGGACUCUAUUCUCGGACGUGGAGCAUUACGUGACUCCCAAUUGAGCCCUGAAGGCCUAAGGGGGGUUAUGGGUGGGAAAGUAGCCGUUUCAUUCGGGUCGGCUGCGAUUAUAUUGACGUAUAUCGAAAUUUUUUUUUGCAUUUUUAAAAAUUUGCAAAAAAUAUGGUUAAAUUUUUUCAAUUUCAAGGCUAACAGGUUUUAUUGGAUAACAGGCGUCACCGUAUUUUACCCAAAAAUUUUUUUACAAGCCUUUGCUUUUUGGUCACUUCAGACGUCCAAAACAAAGUUUACUUUUCUGUUUUUUCGUCUAAGCGGUUUAUAGUUCAAGACCCGAGACUUCCCUAAACUUGAGACAGACCCAAUGUUUGAAGAGCAUGGCAGAUCUUUUUUGGUUGACGUCAUCAAAUUCAUGGUCUAGCCGAAAAGCUUGGGCAAACAGAGAAGCGAUACGGUAUUUUUGUGACGUCAGAAAUGCUGUAAUAUAUUUUUUAAAUGGUAGUUUUUUAAUUAUUAAUCCGUUCGUAAACUCGCUGUAGUGAUUUUGGCGACGUGCACUGUGCAAAAACAAAAGCUCGCUUUGCACUGUGCGAUUUUGGGCAUGCACGGUGCAAUAGGUCUUUUUGGGCAAACGCCAAAAAUGACGCCAGCGACUCUAUAAGCGGUCUAGUACCAUUAAAAAAAAUAGUUUUAUGUUGUAACUAAAAGUCAAAAUAAAAAAAAAAUAAAAAAAUCUUCAUCAAAAAUUCAGGCCUUUAGGAGUAAAUUUUGUGCCAUUCAAACAGGUGUUUAUUCUGAAUAAAUGUAAAAAAUCAAACGAAUAAUUUAUGAAACUUACAAAAAAUAUAUUAAAUAAACUAAUUUAAAAUUUGAUUUUUCAAAAUUUUUAUAAUUUCUUAGUUCACGUUCUCCCUAAAAAACGAAAUUUCAAAAGCUCAAACCCCCUUGGAUUUUGAAAAAUUUUAUUUUAUUUUUUUUGAAAGGUAUCUAAUUCAGUUUUCUUAUCCCUCAUUAUUUACGGUAUUUGAUGACAAGUGUAAGGUCAGCAGGCCAUUUCCAUUAUUUUGUUAUGACUCCUACUCAAAUUCUGCCCUUUCUCAGACGGUUUUCGGAAUUUUACAAGUCUGUGGAUGCCAAAGAUCCAGUUCUUUUUGAAGAUAUUUGAUCUUUGAAGUGUUGAAAUAAAUUUUUAGGCAAGAAAAAAAUAAAAAAAAAAACUCAAAAAAAUAUUAUUUUAUUUUUCAAGUUUUCUGACCAAAAGGUUUCAAAUUUUUGAAUGGCAAUUUUCCCGCUUGACCGGAUAUCGUAUAUCCUCGUCAUCCCCUAAAUAAUGUCUUCAAAGUCUAAAAAUAAGUUGGUAAACAGUAGCGUAAUGUUGUUCCUCGUCAUUUUCGGAAUUUAUUACGAAUUUUUGAAAAAAAACCAGCUCAACCUUUUCCCAAAGAUCCCAUUGUUCCGGGACCAAAUAUUACUUGAAUGCAAAUUCAAUUAUGUUUUCGGUUCUGGAACGAAAUUACAUUUCCUUCCAAAUUUCCGAACUUUUUUGAACCUUAUAAGGUUUGGGAAUGGGUAGGUGGAAUUUGGUUGAAUAGAGUUUUUAAGAAUAGUGAGGAGUGACGUUGAGAGGAAAUGGAUUCGAAAAUGUAAUGAGAUCACUAGAAUUUGAAUAAUAUAUACAUAUUAUAUCACACAUAUACUAGUCCGCAUGUAAUGUCGCUGGAGUGAUUUUUGAGGCAUGUACGUGAGAAAAUAAAAGUUUUUCUUUACACCGUGCAAACCUCUUCCUUGAGCUGUCGCUCACACCCUGACUUUUCUUGCACAAUGAAAACCGUAGAAAUUGCCCAGCGACUUGUAAACUAAACCGAUAACAAGAUUGAAAAAGUAAACAAAUUGAUUACGGUAAAAUACGUGGGAUCAAACAGGGCCUUAAACACAGCGCUGAUCUCGGAAUAGCAUAUCGUUAGAACCAGCAGGGAAUCACAAUUACUUUCACAAGUUAUCAUGGCUUCACCCCACCUAGUGACAAAGAAAUGCAAAUUUUUGUUGCCCUGGUCCAAACUUUUCCGACAGCCAAAAUUAAAAAAUCCGAAUAUUUUUCCUGUGCCUCAAGGCAGAGGAAAUAUUUUGCUGCAGUAUAUAAGCCCAGCGAGUCGACCAAUCCAGGAAUUCCCCAUCGUCUUCGAUCGGUAUUAAUCUCUAGAGAUCUUGUUAUUGUCAUAGUAUACUAUUGUUGUUGUGUUAUUCGAGCUCAUAAAGGUACAUAAUAUUCUACGUGGGUAUUGUAUUAGACUGAAAGCUAUCCUUGCGCUACGUUGCGGCUUCAGUAUUCUGAAGCAAAGAUCCACCGACAGUCUAGUCAAGCAGCCCACAGGGUAGGGCAAAGGUAGGGCAUCUCGCUCCCUCUUAUUCAUCUAACUGGGAUUUCCGUUGAAAUUGCAACGAGCAAUGACAAUUUCUCCAUACAAACAAAUAAGAUCUUGUCUGAAAAUCCUUUUAUCAUCUUCUCUUUUCACCCUUUUUCUAGAUUGCAUUUACAUUUCCAAUAUAUAUUCAGAUUAAUCCCUGCGAUUUUCAGUGAAGAAAGGCCGACCACGUGGCCCACCCAGAUUCGGCAAACGCUCCAAUCCGCUAGCCGACCGGUUGUUUGGCGGCCGCGCGGCCCGCGCCGUUCUCCUUCCCGAACCUCUUCCCUAUUACUACGAUCUCGAAUGA